AUGAACAUCCCAAAGGUAUUGGUAUAUACCUCCACUGAUGGGCUCCGACAAAAUUCGAUACCUACUGCUAUUUCCGUGUUGGUCAGUGAGGGGGUAAGGUGGGGUGUCGAAUUUGAUUUUACAGAAGAUAAAGCACUGUCCAACGAUAAUCAUCUCAGACAGUACGAUGCCUUGAUGUUCAUCUCAGUAAGCGCACUUGACGAACAAGGUGAACGAGCCUUUCAUCGUUAUAUCCAAUCAGGCGGGAACUUUGUCGGUGUACAUGCGUCUACUUGCGCUUUGUACAAUUCUUCGGUGUAUAAUGCUACGAUAGGAGCACAAUUCGAAUGGCAUCCUGUCAUAAAAAACGCCACAUUCUUACGAUCAAAUACCAAUCAUCCCGCCACUGCCAAUAUCCGCCACUGCCAAUAUCCCUGA